AUGGUGUCAGCUAAGGUCACCGGCAUUUGGAUCUAUCCUGUCAAGAGCUGCCGAGGCAUCCAGGUACAGAGCGCUGACAUCGACGAGUUUGGCUUGAAGUAUGACCGGAUCUAUAUGAUUGUUGAGCCGGUCAGAAAGACGCCCGGUCGCUUCAAGUCCAUGAGCCAGAAGCGAUAUCCAAAGAUGGCAAAAUUGCAUCAAUCAAUCCUGAUCGAGGAUGGCACUGGCAAAAGGGCCGUGAGAGUGACCGACUCGGACAAUGAGUUGUCGAUCGAACUUCCUCUGGAGCCAUCGUACGGCGUUGAACUGCUCCCUACAGAGUUGCCCUUUAUUCCCGAGGAUACCAACAUGCUGGACAUGGGCGACUCCUUUGCCGGCUUCUUUACUUCUUUCAUGGGUAAAGAUUGUCGGCUUGUCUACCGUGAUGCCAACCGGGUCGUACACGGCAAUCCGCUUGAGAGGUGGGACAUGGACUGGAGCGGGUUUCUAUGGCCGCGUAGAAUCGUCACCGCCUGCACGGAUAACGCGCCGAUCCAUUUUGUGACGGAAGAAAGCCUGUCAACGCUGUCGACCGAGAUGGGUGUCGCGGUCGCGGCGGAUCGGUUUCGAGCAAGUUUCAUCCUUCAGGGCAUUACAGAGCCUUGGGAUGAGGAGAACUGGAAGUUGAUCUACGUAGAAGGAGUGGGAAGAAUCUCCGUUACCUGCCGCCAACCGAGAUGUCAAGUUCCCAACGUGGACCCCGAGGCUGGAAAGAUCGAUAGACUGUGCCAACCAACCUCGUGGCUGAAAAAAAAUCAUCAGUCAGAUCCGAGCCCCGUUUGGGGUAAAUCCGCCAUAUUUGGUAUGAUGGCUACGCAUCACAAGCCUGGUAAGCCGGUGUCCGGGCCUUAA